UCUUUAACUUUCAAGCGAACGACAUCAUAAAACAUUCUCAUUCCAUCAUUUUUAAUUCACUUUAGUCUUAUCUACUUACCUAACCUAUGCAUCUUCGUGCAAGAUAAUCUUCCAUUUUACGUCAGACCUGUAGGUAAAUACCUAGGUAGAGAGGAGGAAUAAGGUACCUACACCUAGACAGGACUGCGUUACUACGGUACCCCUGACAGCACCGCGGCAUUGGAAGUUGUGGGUCCAAGUUCUUUGGUAUUCUUGAGGUCAUCAUGGUCUCUCAACCCGAGUCUUCUAGAAGCUUUCCCUCCAAGGCUGGGCCGGGAGUGCCUGCUGACUCCAAUGAUUGUCCCUCAGUAGAUUAUUCCGCUACGGAGGAGACGCCGCUUUUACGCUCCGAGUCUAGCCCUCCGGCCGCGGGUAGCGCGUCAUCUGCGACCUCCGAGUCCUCGCAAGAUGAAGACUCCCCGGACUUGGACACCGCGAACCAGAGGGUUAGCCGGGCGCGAGGCCUCGCUAUCAUCCUUAGCGUCUAUCUUCUGAUCUUCUUACAAGCUACGAACAUGUCUGGUAUUACCAUGGCGCAGUCGACGAUAGCCGCCGACUUGAACUCGUAUGAGAACGCGAUGUGGUUCACAACAUCGUACCUUGUGGCCAUGUCCUCGUCGACGCCCUUAGUGGGAAAGUUGGCUUCUAUCUUUUCGCCUCGUUCUAUGAUCCUAGUCUCGUCUACGCUCUUCGCCGCUGGAUGCUUCAUCACGUCGCAGGCUCGCACGUUCCCGGUAUUUAUUUUAGGCCGACUUGUCACGGGAUUAGGCGGUGGAGGUUCCACGGCCUUGGCUAUCGUUCUUAUCCUCGAGCUGACGACGAAACGAAAGCGUGGACUGUUCGUUGGACUCUUGAAUGCCGGGUUCACUACAGGUGUUUCGCUGGGAGCUGUUUUGUCCGGCGCACUGAUACCUGUCACUGGUUGGAGAGCUCUCUUUUGGAUUCAAGUUCCUCCCAGCUUAAUUGCCGGGUUGGGAAUCUUCUUCAGUAUCCCACACACAUUCUCGUCAGGGCAAACGUCCAAGGAAGGUUCCCUGUCAACAAAACUGAAGCGAAUCGAUUAUGCGGGGGCUGCGUUCCUGACCGGUACCGUUGUGCUUUUCCUAUACGGACUAUCUGGUACAAUUGAAGUCAUUCCGCUUGUCGUCUCGUUGGCAACACUCAUCAUCUUUGUGUUGAUUGAGUGCUAUGUUGCCGUUGAUCCUAUCAUUCCGAUUUCUGUCAUCCAGAACCGAGGUGCCAUAUUAACAUGCGUUUCCCAACUUGGUUUCAUGGCGGCCCGCUGGACUGUGCUAUUUUAUGCUCCCAUCACCGCCCUUGCAGUGCGCGGUUUUACCCCUGCUACUAGCGGUAGUAUUCUCAUACCGACCAAUUUGGGAUUCGGCCUGGGUGGACUUCUUGCUGGUUGGUUACACAUUCGUCGUACUGGAAGUUUUUGGGCUUCCUGCCUCAUAUCUUUCGUUCUCUUUGCCGCAAGUCUCUUCGUGCUUUCAUUAGUGUCCACCCCAGAUGUCCCAAUUUACGUUUACGUUGUCGUUGUCUUCUUCAACGGUCUCUUCACUGGUGCAGCGUUGAAUUACACGCUCGCGCAUCUGUUACAUCUAACCUUACCGGAUACCCACUAUAUCGCUACGAGCUUGCUCGGCACAUUUAGAGGAUUUGCAGGCAGCUUCGGCAGCGCAAUUGGUGGCGGUAUAUUUUCCAGGACUUUGCGAGAGUCUUUGCAAAAGGGUUUCGAGGGAAUUGAUGGUCCCGACGGCCCGAAGGACAGAAGUGACCUGAUCAGGAAGCUUAUUGGUAGUCCUGCUUUGGUCUUCAAUGGUGGUCUUGGACCUAUAGAGCAGACAAUCGCAGUACAAGGUUACGUUGACGGGCUUAAAGUUUUGUUUCAGGCUGCCGUGGUCCUGGCUAUCUUCGUUACGGUAAUUCAAGCCGCUACGGGAUGGAAGGGCCCGGGGGAUAAGAAGAAGUAUCAGGAAAACGAAUACAAUAGUGUCUCGGCUGGUGAGACGAGUAGGGAUGAACAGUAGUUACCUGUUUAUAGAAUCAGAAAGCUCUCUAGGCUGUUAAUUACUUUACCAUAGACAACAAGCAUUGUAGAUACGCCAACAAUAUAUAAUAGUCAAUAAUUAUUGGUCUG